CCGUGGAGACCAAGGCUAUGGCAACCAGGAGAAGCCAAAGUUUGUCGAAUCUCUGGAACCGCCGAGGAAUCCCGAGCUCUUGGCCCGACUCACCGCUGCCCUCAUGGCGCUCUACGAGCUCUUCUCUCACCCAGUGGAGCGGGGCUACCGCGCGGGGCUCUGCUCUAAGGCCGCGCUGUUCCUGAUGCUGUCCGCCGCGCUCACGUACAUCCCGCCGCUGCUGGUGGCCUUCCGGAGCCACGGGUUUUGGCUAAAACGGAGCAGCUAUGAGGAGCAGCCGACCGUGCGCUUCCAGCACCAGGUGCUGCUCGUGGCCUUGCUAGGACCCGAGCACGGUGGUUUCCUAGCCUGGAGCACGUUUCCCGCCUUCAACCGGCUGCAGGGGGAUCACCUGCGCGUCCCGCUCGUUUCGACUAGAGAAGAAGACAGGAACCAGGAUGGGAAAAUGGACAUGUUACAUUUUAAACUGGAGCUUCCCCUGCAGUCCACGGAGCACGUUCUUGGUGUGCAGCUCAUCUUGACUUUCUCCUACCAACUGCACAGGAUGUCGACAUUCGUGAUGCAGAGCAUGGCGUUCUUCCAAUCCUCCUUCGCUGUUCCGGGGUCCCAGUUAUAUGUGAACGGAGACCUGAGGCUGCAGCAGAAGCAGCCCCUAAGCCAUCGUGGCCUAGAUGUUCGGUACAACGUAUCUGUAAUCAACGGGACCAGCCCUUUUGCCCGUGACUACGACCUCACACACAUUGUUGCUGCCUAUCAGGAGAGGAACGUAACCACCAUCCUGACUGACCCCAACCCCAUCUGGCUGGUGGGAAGGGCUGCAGAAGCUCCAUUUGUCAUUAAUGCUGUCAUCCGAUACCCCAUGGAAGUCAUCUCUUAUCUACCAGGAUUCUGGGAAAUGAUAAAGUUUGCUUGGAUCCAGUAUGUCAGUAUCCUACUUAUCUUCCUCUGGGUAUUUGAAAGAAUCAAAAGAUUUGUGUUUCAAAAUCAGGUGGUGACCACAAUCCCUGUAACAGCAGUGCCCCAGGGAGAACUGUAUAAGGAGCAUUUAUCUUAAGAAGACCCUGUCUGAAAACUCUAAGCUACCUCACUGUUGUCUUCUGAGGACUGUCAUCUUACGAAAUUUCUGAAAAGAGCCUAUGGACACUUGCCCAACUUGCCCACGUGUGUGCUUUUCCUAUCAGAGACAAAGAACAUUCCUUUCUAAUUUCCCUCUACACAAAUUCUAUAUUUUCCACGCGCCUACAAAAAUAAUCACGGACUAGUUUGUGGAAAUGUUUCUGAGGGUUCCUGAAGGCUAUAAUUUGCUUUUGUUUUUUGUCUCUGACUUGAAUUUCAGGAGAAAACUACAGUCAGUUCAGAGAGCUUGGAAAGAGUCCCAUCUCUGGUCAAGCAAAGACUUUUCCUCUCUUGAACUGAGAAACAUGCUAUGUAUUUCUUCCCCCUAUUGUAAACCACGUUUUACUCUUUUCAGGGCUCUCUGGUGAUAGAUAUGCAAAUCAUCAGCACUUUCCACUCCUGGGCAUCUAAAUUUCCCAUUCAGAGCUGAUUUCCAGCACUGAGAGGCCUUUAACUGGAGAUCUGGAGAGUGAGAAAGGGAGAGCUCCAGAGCACAUGUGUGCACGUGCGGGAGGGUGGGCGACUUGAGGACACUGGGACCAUCCAUCCACCUGCCCCGAGUCUAACAGACAGUCAUCUGUCGGUGGCUCAGCUGAACAGCCCUUUAUCCCUGCCCUGCUGUGGCUGGCUCUUUGCCCUCUGUCUGGGCCCCUGGAAUAGCAGGCUGCAGUCAGAAGUGCUGUUCCUUUCACAAGCCCCUCAGCAACAGUGGGGGAAGUAAGGAGUGUAACAACAGGUUCUUUCUCUUUGGCCCUCACCCAACACCCUGGACGCUUGCCACUCCUUCUCCUUGACAGCCCUCCCCCUUCUUGAAAAGGACAUGGGUGACAGAGGGGCUGUUGUUGGUAUUGGCUCCCACUGCCUGACAACCACAGAGUUUACUUGGAGGGCUAGCGGGAAGCCCAGCUACUUGUGUUUCCCUCGACUAAGGAACAGGGUGCCCAUCAGAGUGGGCCACUUUGGAGAGGACACACGAGGAGCAGGGAGGGCAUAAAGAGGAUGCUAGCCCAGGCAGCCCAGUCGGGGCCUGGCCUUUAGCAGAAUGACACGCAGUCCAGCCAGAUUACCCUCAUGACUAAGUGAGUGUCUGCCGAAGAGACCGCUGGAAUGGGCCUCUGUUGCAGAGAAUUCUCCAUUCUCGCCCUAAGGACACCUGGACCUGCUUUAUGAUACCGAGAUAUCACUGGCACUGGAAGGACAUGCCCUCUGUGAUCCACGCUUCACUCCCAUCCACACACACACUCCUGAGUGCAUGCCUCAGUUUACCCUGGAGACUCAGUUUUUAUUUCCAAAGCACCUUUUCAUUCAGGCUGACCAAAAUAAGAGUUUUGGAAACAAACCUGUUUUGAAGUAUCCAAGCACAAAAAUAUCCUAAUAUCGACCCCUCUGCUUUUUCUUUUAAUAUUUUGGGCUGUUUAUAUGCCUAAAGUUUUUUUCUUGAGAUUUAAAUUAAAAAUGGUUUCUGGUUUGAAUCACCAAAAGGUGAUGAGUAUGGAAAGAUAGCUGAAGAUGUGUAUAAACAUGGCUUUGCAUUUUAUUACAUUAUUUUCAUGCAAAAUGUGUAUAGAGAACCAUGAUGUUUUGUAACUUUAUAAUUAAAAUGUUCAAACUGGAAGGUUGCAUGUGGCUCUUUAGAGGGAGAGUAUUUGGAAAGGGGAGGAUGGGGAGGGCAGAGGUUGUGCACACUUCUUGGGGUUACUCACCAGCAGCCUUGCUUUGCCAGGGCUCUGCCCAAAAACCUUGGAGCUUUUGUUAGCUCUUCGCAAAACUCUUGUGGCCCUGCCCCAAGUAAAUGCGAAUUUUUGGUGAACUCCACAUGGCGUGUGGAAACCACAGGCUGGAAAAUUACAACUGCGUCUGGUGAACAUUAGAUUAUUUACAGAUCAGAUGUUGGUAGUUUCUGAACCUGAAUCACACCUUAUAGCUGAAAGAGGGGAAAAAUGGAAAUAUACAGGAUAUUAUUAAUUGGACUGUAACCCAUCACUACAUCAUGGUUUGAGACAAUUAAUAUUUGGCAGGGGGGAAUCCCUUAUUUUGCCAAAUGAUUUUCCAGUUUCUGUUUGAAUCAGGUGAGGUCCCAUCAUGUAAGAUUGAUAAAACAAUUAAUAAAGCUUUCUUCCUUUCUCUUCAUGUUCAUGCUUUGUAAAAGAAGUUUUGGUUCUUUGUGACCACAUAAGUUCUAAAUGCCUAUUGGGGGAAAUGUGUAAUUACAGAAACCUAAAGAAAAUAAGUUGUCUGUAAAUUGCUCCCUAGAAGUUAUCAC